ACUUCAAUUCAGUUUGGCGAAGACAACGAACUCGAAAAGAGCUUUGUGCGGACAGCGGAAAAGGCCGAAAGUAAAAAUCACGUCUGCGUCUUCGACAUCGACAUCGACUUCGUCUACUUCGUCGCUGCCUUCGUCUUCGUCUCGAAAACGCUACAUUUUCAUCCCAAGACCGAGAAGCAUUGCGUGGCAAGCAAGAGGAGGGAGGUGUGGAACGCUUGAGCUUGGCUUGGGCCUUUGGGGCUGGGGCACGCUAGCAAGAACCGUGGGAGAUGUCUGCGGUGCGGCAUCGCCCGAUGGCUCCGCCAGCCGGUGGCGAGCAUGGCGAUAGCGAUGACAACAACUUCACCGACGACGAGAGCUCUCCGCUGACACACGAUAUUUAUGGCGGCAGCCAACGCACCAUUCAGGAGACAAAAGGCUGGGAUGUGUUCCGUGAUCCGCCGAUCAAUGAGACGGGUUCGACGGCGAACCAGGAGUGUCUAGAAUUAACCAUCAAGAUUUUAAAAAUCUUUGCCUAUAUAUUUACGUUUAUCAUAGUUUUAACCGGUGGCGUUAUAGCUAAGGGCACCGUGCUCUUCAUGGCCUCACAGGUGCGCAAGGAUCGCAAGAUUGAGUACUGCAACAAAGAUCUGGGUCGUGAUAAGAGCUUCGUCGUGGUUCUGCCAGAGGAGGAGCGCAUAGCCUGGAUCUGGGCACUGGUGAUAGCGUAUUCACUACCCGAGUUUGGCGCCUUGAUUCGAGCCGUACGCAUCUGUUUCUUCAAGACUUUUAAAGUGCCCAAGACGGGACACUUUCUCUUCAUCUGGCUGAUGGAGAGCAUGAGUGCGAUGGGCACAGCACUGUUGAUGUUCGUGGUGCUGCCGCAGAUAGAUGCAAUUCAAGGCGCCAUGUUGACCAACUGUUUGUGCGUCAUCCCCGGCAUCUUUGGCCUGUUAUCACGCACUGCCAAGGAGGGCAAACGUUUCAUCAAAGUGAUCAUUGAUCUGGCAGCAAUUGCAGCGCAAGUCACCGGUUUAGUUAUCUGGCCACUGCUGGAGAAUCGUCGGGAGCUCUGGGUCAUUCCGGUGGCUUGUGUGAUGAUCUCCUGCGGCUGGUGGGAGAACUAUGUGUCGGCUCAGUCGCCACUGGGCCUAAUGCGCACUCUGGGUCGCAUCAAGGAGGAGUUGCAUGCCACCCGGUACUUUUGUCACAUGUUCCUCUCGGUGUGGAAGAUUCUGCUAUUCUUCUGCGUCACCAUGCUUAUCUACUAUGCCAACGGCGAGGAGCCCAGUAACCUCUUUGGUCUCUACAGCGAAGCCUUUGGUCCCCACAAGAUUGUCGUCUACGAACUGCCCCCCGGCCUGGGUGGUGUCCUACCUGACACCUUGGAAUCGGCCAACAUAGACACCGUCGAUGUGGAUGCCUCUUACAACAGUGUGAUCUAUGUGCUCCUCCUGCAAGUCUUUGGCGCCUAUCUGUGCUACAUCUUUGGCAAGUUUGCCUGCAAGAUUCUUAUUCAGGGCUUCAGUUAUGCCUUCCCCGUCAGUCUAACGGGUCCCAUUGCGGUUUCUUUCUUGAUUUCCGCUUGUGGUAUUCGCAUUGAUGAUCCCUGCUUCUUCCAUGGCACUAUACCGGAUUAUCUGUUCUUUACGAGUCCCUCGAACUUCCGAUUCAACAACUUUGUCACGGAACAAAUGGCUUGGGCUUGGAUAUUGUGGUUACUCAGUCAGACCUGGAUUGCGCUGCACAUUUGGACGCCCAAGUGCGAGAGAUUGGCCACCACUGAGAAACUCUUCGUUCGACCCAUGUACUCGGCCCUGCUCAUCGAUCAGUCAAUGGCGUUGAACAGACGUCGCGAUGAUCAAGCGGAUGUUAAAACUGAGGAUCUUUCCGAAAUUGAGAAGGAGAAGGGCGACGAGUACUACGAGACCAUCUCGGUGCACACGGAUCGUUCUUCGGCUCCCAACAAACCCUCUAUUAAGUCAUCGGACAACAUUACACGCAUCUACACUUGCGCCACAAUGUGGCACGAGACAAAAGACGAGAUGAUGGAGUUCUUGAAGAGUAUUAUGCGCAUGGACGAAGAUCAGUGUGCUCGUCGUGUGGCGCAGAAAUACCUGCGUGUCCUCGAUCCGGACUACUACGAAUUUGAAACCCACAUCUUCUUCGACGACGCCUUUGAGAUCUCGGAUCACAGUGACGAUGACAUUCAGUGCAAUCGCUUCGUCAAGCUGCUGAUUGGCACCAUGGAUGAAGCUGCCUCCGAAAUUCAUCAGACCACAAUUCGUCUGCGUCCGCCCAAGAAAUACCCGACUCCCUAUGGCGGUCGUUUGGUUUGGACUCUGCCCGGUAAAACCAAGUUCAUAUCGCAUCUUAAGGAUAAGGAUCGCAUUCGUCAUCGCAAGCGUUGGUCCCAAGUGAUGUACAUGUACUAUCUGCUGGGUCAUCGUCUAAUGGAGCUGCCCAUCUCUGUGGAUCGCAAGGAUGCCAUUGCGGAGAACACUUAUUUACUGACCCUCGACGGCGACAUUGAUUUUAAACCCAAUGCUGUCAUGCUGGUUGAUUUGAUGAAGAAGAAUCGCAAUCUUGGCGCUGCCUGUGGACGCAUUCAUCCCGUGGGCUCCGGUCCAAUGGUGUGGUAUCAGCUCUUUGAGUACGCAAUCGGUCAUUGGCUGCAAAAGGCUACCGAGCACAUGAUUGGCUGUGUGCUUUGUUCCCCCGGCUGCUUCUCGCUCUUCCGUGGCAAAGCCCUGAUGGACGACAACGUGAUGAAGAAGUACACUACAAAACCGACCGAGGCGCGGCAUUAUGUGCAGUAUGAUCAGGGUGAAGAUCGUUGGUUGUGCACCCUGCUGUUGCAGCGUGGCUAUCGUGUCGAGUAUUCGGCUGCCUCGGAUGCUUACACACAUUGCCCGGAGGGUUUCAAUGAGUUCUACAAUCAGCGUCGUCGCUGGGUACCCUCUACCAUUGCCAACAUCAUGGAUCUGCUGGGCGAUGCAAAGCGCACGAUCAAGAUUAAUGACAACAUUUCGCUGCUGUACGUUUUCUAUCAAAUGAUGUUGAUGGGUGGCACCAUCUUGGGACCCGGCACUAUUUUCCUUAUGUUGGUGGGUGCUUUCGUCGCCGCCUUUCGUAUUGACAACUGGACAUCCUUCCACUACAAUAUUGUUCCCAUAUUGGGCUUCAUGUUGAUCUGUUUCACCUGCAAGUCCAACAUACAGCUGUUUGUGGCCCAGGUGCUGUCCACCUGCUAUGCUCUGAUUAUGAUGGCCGUCAUUGUGGGUACUGCGUUACAGUUGGGCGAGGACGGCAUAGGUUCGCCCUCGGCCAUCUUCUUGAUAUCGAUGGUGGGGUCAUUCUUCAUAGCCGCAUGUUUGCAUCCGCAAGAGUUUUGGUGUAUAACAUGCGGCUUAAUCUAUUUGCUGUCUAUACCCUCUAUGUACUUACUGCUCAUUCUCUACUCCAUCAUCAACUUGAAUGUCGUCUCAUGGGGCACUCGCGAGGUAGUGGCCAAGAAGACCAAGAAGGAAUUAGAAGCCGAAAAGAAGGCGGCCGAGGAGGCCAAGAAACGCGUCAAGCAAAAGAGCAUGUUGAGCUUCCUCCAGAGCGGCAUUGGCGACAACGACGAUGAGGAGGGUUCGAUUGAGUUCUCACUGGCCGGAUUGUUCCGUUGUGUCUUCUGCACACAUGGCAAGACAUCUGAUGAGAAGCAACAGCUCACCACGAUUGCCGAGUCCCUGGACACUAUUAAGACACGCAUGGAUACCAUUGAGAGCGCGGUCGAUCCACAUGGUCAUCAUGCGCGUCACAAUCGACGUCGCACCACUUCAAGUGGCUCCAAGGACCAUCAUUUAUUGUCCUCUGUGGCUGAGAAAUCUGGCGAUGAAUCAGACGAAUCGGAUUCGGAUACUUCGGCAGAACCCAAGCAGGAACGUGACUUCCUUACGAAUCCCUACUGGAUUGAGGAUCCCGAUGUGCGGAAGGGUGAAGUGGACUUUUUGUCCAGCUCGGAAAUUCAGUUCUGGAAAGAUCUCAUCGAUCAAUAUCUCUAUCCCAUUGACAACGAUCCCGUGGAACAGGCCCGCAUAGCGAAAGAUCUCAAAGAGCUGCGCGAUUCAUCGGUAUUCGCGUUCUUCAUGAUAAAUGCUCUGUUCGUGCUGAUCGUGUUCCUGCUGCAGUUGAACAAGGACAACAUCCAUGUCAAGUGGCCUUUUGGCGUGCGAACGAACAUCACCUACGACGAGUCCAGUCAGGAGGUUCACAUCUCCAAGGAAUAUCUGCAAUUGGAACCCAUUGGUCUGGUAUUUGUGUUCUUCUUUGCCCUGAUUUUGGUCAUACAAUUUACGGCGAUGUUGUUCCAUCGCUUUGGUACCAUCUCGCAUAUAUUGGCUUCCACCGAACUGAAUUUCUGCAAAAAGAAAUCGGAAGAUCUAACGCAGGAUCAACUUAUAGAUAAGCACGCUGUGGAAAUAGUAAAGAAUCUACAACGUUUACAAGGCAUUGAUGGAGAUUAUGAUAAUGAUUCAGGGUCAGGACCCGACCGCAUUGCACGGCGCAAGACCAUUCAGAAUUUGGAGAAGGCUCGACAGCCGCGUCGUCAAAUUGGCACCUUGGAUGUGGCCUUCAAGAAGCGUUUCCUGAAGCUCACCGCCGAUGCUGAGAACAAUCCAGCGACUCCAAUACUAACCCGCCGUCUGACCAUGCGAGCGGAGACAAUUCGAGCUCUGGAAGUGCGCAAGAACUCGGUGAUGGCGGAACGACGCAAGUCGGCCAUGCAGACGUUGGGGGCCAAGAAUGAAUACGGCAUCACCACUGCGUUACCAGUAAAUAAUAAUGGUGCUGUACCCAAUCAGCGAAGUGGUCGCGUCUCGAAUGCCGGCAUCAGCAUCAAGGAUGUGUUUAACGUAAAUGGAGGACCCGCAGAGCAAAUCUAUGGCUCGAAUGGAGGCGGCACUAUCAACCAGGGCUACGAGCAUGUUAUUGAUGAGGACGUCGAAGGAAACUCUCUCCGCUUGACCACACGGAAUCCACAUCAAGUGUCCUGGGGUCAGAAUACUACUGGCAAUAAUACGGGACGCAUGUAAACCGAAUAUGUUGAAACAGAUAACGAAUCAUUAAGUUAGGUUAGAAUUCACAAAUCGAGUUUUUAGUCAAAAAAAAAAGUAAUGAAAAGAAGAAUCUUAUUUGUAAAUAAGUAUAGAAAGGAAAUUGCAGGAUCCUUGUCAAUACACAACGAAUAUUAUGCUUAGCUAACCACACUGCCAGUGAUGUUAUCGAAUGGUGGCGUGUUAGCCACGCCCACAAGGGAGCGUGGCUACAUCGUUCAUACUCUAUGUACUAUAAAUAUAUAUCAUUUGUUAGGUUAGGUUUAAGAAAUUGUGAUGCUGGCGACCCGACUUAACGGGAUUGUCCAACUACAAUACCAGUGAAUGCUGACACAUAAUACUCAAUGUAAAGCUGAUUUGAAAGUGCGGCAGUUGAAAGAAGACCUAUUUAUACAUGUAACUACAUACAACAGUGAAUCUUGCUAUAGUACUUAAUAGUUUUUAAUUAACUCAAUUAUCUUUUAAACCCUUGUUUUGAAACUAGCAAUAAAUGCGCAUGAUGAUUAUUUUCGAAUAA